AUGGUCAAAGCAUCAAAACGAUAUAGAAAUGAUAAAAGUGAUCUAAAAGAAAAUAGAGUACUUCAACCAUUAGAAUCACACGAAAAUACUAACAUGGAACAGAUUAGACAUAAUGUAAAUGAAACGAAUAUUCACGAAAAACUGAAUCUUGUCCUGGAUAAAUUACAAUGUAUAUCAAAAGCUACUGAAUAUUUAAUAGAUGAAAUAAGAGAAUUGAAAACGGAAAUACAAGAUAUUAAAUAUUCUUUACCAUCAACAAUAGAUGCAAAUCGAAUAACAAAUGAUACAAGAGGAAUAAUACGUGAAUCAGAAUCUUUAGAUAAUAAACAAAAGGGUCCUUUCCCAGAAUUCAAAUUAAUAGAUAGAACAUUAUCUCGACCGUCAACAAAAGAUAUUGCAGAAACAACAGGCGGGAAAGCACAUAGUUUACAAUUUACAUGCAAUCUUUAUAUGGAGCUUAUUGAAAAAAUAUUAGGUCCAGCAACAGAAACUGGUUUAGAUUAUAGGGCAAUGGUAAAGGAAGCAGUCCUGAUUACUAAAUCAGUCAUAUCUCAAAUCAAGGAAGCUUAUUAUAUAGAUUCUAAUUUACGUUGGAGCCAAGUUGACCCCACCAUUAGACUAGAAGCUUAUCAGAAGCUUGAGGUAGCCACUGAACAUCUUUUACCUUUGAAAGUUUGCUCUGAAUUCUGGGGAGCACAUGUAUUACUCAGUAAUUUCUGGCUUAAACGAAAAAAACCAAGAAAUAAUAACAGUUCACAAAGUGAUGAUAUCCAUAAUAAUAGUAAACGUAGAAAAAAAUCUUUUGUGAAUACUUCAACACAACAAAAUACCCUACAAAAUAUGGAUCAAGAAAAAAAGUCACCUGCAUUUAGUAUUUCUUUUUUAACAGAUUAA